CACAGCCAUGAACUCGUCAGAAGGCAGGGUUCAGUAGCAUUUGGCUCGGAUAAGGAAUGUAAAUGUCUGAGGACAAGGAAGCCCAGGAAGAUGAGCUGCUUGCUUUAGCAAGUAUCUAUGAUGAAGAGGAGUUCCACCGGGCGGAGUCGGCACAGGGGGGAGAGAUCCAACUCUGUCUGGAGCUCCCUCCUGAUUUCAAAGUUGUUGUCAAAGGAGAGACACAAACUGAAUAUAAUGUCUGCUUCUUACCUCCUUUGGUGCUCAACUUUGAGAUUCCAGCAGACUAUCCAUCCACAUCCUCACCAAUCUUCACUCUCAGCUGUAAAUGGAUGAACAGAGCACAGAUGAGCUCAAUGUGCAGACGCCUGGAUGAGCUGUGGGAGGAGAACCAAGGCUUUGUGAUUCUUUUCACAUGGAUCCAGUUCCUAAAAGAGGAGGCUCUGGACUUUCUGGGCAUCCAGUCUCCUCUUGAAGUCACGAGGGCAGGAAGUAAAGCAGGUGCUGAGCGCAGGAAAGCCGAACAGGCAGCCACAGCUCUGACUCAAGGUGGGAGUCAUUCAGAAAUAGCUGAGGAGAAGAAAAGAGAAGUCAAGAAGGAAAAGUGUGAACCACAGUCUUCUCAACUGGACCCUCGGGCUGUUCUGUUGAUGGACCCACGUGCCGACCUUCUACCUCAGCUCCUGGACUUUGACGAGGCGCAGCGCCAGAGAGCAUUUGACUGCAAGGUGUUCUGCUGCGGGAUCUGCUUUGUAGACAAACAGGGCUCCCACUGCCUCUGCUUUAAGGAGUGCCAGCACGUCUACUGCAAGGCCUGCAUGACUGAAUACUUCCAGAUCCAAAUACGGGACGGCAACGUUCAGUGCCUUAAUUGCCCUGAGCCCAAAUGUACCUCCUUAGCCACACCUUCCCAGGUGAAGCAGCUGGUGGAUGAGGAGCUGUUUGCCCGCUAUGACCGUUUGCUGCUCCAGUCCAGUCUAGACCUCAUGGCAGACGUGGUCUACUGUCCCCGCCAGUCCUGUGGCACCGCUGUUAUGGUGGAGCCAGACACAACCAUGGGCAUUUGCUCAGCCUGCCAGUAUGCCUUUUGUACACUGUGCAAGCUGGGCUAUCAUGGUCUCUCCCACUGUAAAAUCAAUGCGGAUGAAUUGCGUAACCUCAAAGAUGAGUACCUGUCAUCCACUAGUGAGGGUAAAAAGUUCAUGGAGCAACGCUUUGGAAAGAGGGUGAUCCAGAAAGCAGUGGAAGAGUCCUUUAGCAGAGACUGGCUCAAUGAGAACUGCAAAUGCUGUCCACGCUGUGGCACUAAUAUACAGAAAGUGGACGGCUGUAACAAGAUGACCUGUACCUCGUGUAGACGAUACUUCUGUUGGCUUUGCCUGGGCGUUCUCAGCAAAGUCAACCCUUACAGUCACUUUAACAACCCAAAUUCACCUUGUUACAACCAACUCUUCCAUGGUGUGGAUCUUGAUGAAGAAGAUGCCUUCUGGAGUGAUGAAGAGGACUGAUAGUAGUUCAGUACUUCGCUGCUGUAUGUUCCAUCUGAAUGCACUUUAUCUCAGCCAACCAUCACUUCACCUGUACUCACACUAUAACUGUGGUAGUGCAGCAGUGUCACUACCAUGGUGUCAUCAUUUGUGUUUUGAAUAUGAUCCCAAAACUUGGAUAAAAAACAUUCAAUGCCGGGGUGUAAAUUGUUUAUAUUUACUUAAUAUAUGAGAGAUAUGAGAUAUUCAGGUAGGAAUGAAGUCUAAAGGCAAGUUUGAGCUUUUAUCUCAGAGAGAAAUUCAGCUGUGGCUGUCAAAUUAUGAUUUAAAAUUAUUUCAGUUUGGUAUUGUGGUAUAAGUAGAUAUUUUAAUUAAAAAAACAAAAACAAAACACUUUUGGUUAUUGAGAAUCGAAGCCACAUAUUUGCACAUAUUCAUGUAUGUGUUGUUGAUGCUCAUUAGUGGCCACAAUCCUUUAAACCUCUCAAAUAUAACUGUCACAGGACUGGAUAUUUAAUUAGAUUUUUUUAUUUUUUAUUUGGUGGGAUUUCUCAUAUAUAAAGUAUAUAUGCAGUAGAUUGAGUAUAGAGAGCUACUUUCUCUCCUGAUUGGGCAUCAACAUCAUGAUGGGUUUUUUGUUAUCUCACAGGUUUAUAAUGAUCAAGAGUUCGUAAUGGAACCAUUGACAAAGUUUGUUAAUUAAAGGCGUUUGCCACCAGUUAACCAGCAAAACUAGUUAAAAGAAGGUCUUGCUUUUGCCUUUCUUUGUCAUAAUAAAGUAUCCUGCUUGUCCUGUGGCAUCCUACUAUCCAGCUAGCUUUCUGUUACAUGUCAAAAGUAUGAUGGCAAACUUUUCUUAAAGUAAGCUUCAUGGUAGAUAUUGAAGUGAAUUUCAAGGUCUAAACAAGAUACAGGAUGAAAGCAUCAGAGCCAAGACUAGAGACUCUUCACUUAGCCAUAAUUCCAAAACUAAGGUUGUUGUUUUUUUUCCAGCUUUAGUCUGAAUGGGAAACUCUUAUACCUCCCUUAGACGGACAUAAUGUGUAAAAGGAUUCUCUUUGGUCAACUAUGUUUAGAUGAGAUUUUUCCUCAGAUUAUUUCAUUUACAGGAACAUUUAAUUAUAAAAAUCAAGCAGGGUGGAAAGAAGGAAAUAGAGACACUAGUUGUGGGGGAUUUGAUUAUUUGUUGAGUCAUGUGUUUGUCUGUAGAGAAUGUAAUAAUGUUGGACAUUGACAGUGGAUCUUCAGGGACUGUGGUGUGAGAAAGGAAAUCCUCACUUUGUGAACAGCUGAGGCACUUACGAAUGAUUUUACUGGAUUCAUUUACAUCCUUGUUUCAAUGGCUGUUGUUUAAUGUUGCCAAAUAUGUUUAUGAAAUGGGGACACAGCAUUUUGAUAACGUCUAGAUAUACAAAAAGUAUUUUGUAAUACUUAAUUACAUAUAUUUUUUAGCAGUUUAUCCCGAACAAGCAGUUUAGCCUCAAGUUUAACCCUGUUAUCAGAACUGUUUUUUUCAACAUUGAAUAAUUUGCUCCUCACUACUUCCAAAGUGCAGACUGGUGUCAGUAUUGAUGCUGGUCUGGACAGGCAAAAAGACAAUCUCUUGUUCAGUCUUGAAAUGCACAUGGAUUCACUUUACCCGCCAACGCAGACCCACUGUCACUUCAUAUUUCAUUUAAGAAAAGUUUGAUUCCUGUUAAAAUAUACUCAACAUUCUGUUCCUCAAAAUAAAUAUUGCCACUUAA